UGAAGUUACACAGCACAAUACAUAGAAUUUAAAAUUAUCGAUAUUUUGCCACAACGAAGUGUCAUGUGUGAUUUGUAGAAUAGGAAUACCGAUAAUUAGGUCAUUCAUUCAAUUGCGACUUUAAAUUCUCUUUCCACACCAUUAAUUGUAAACAAGAAAUAACUUUUCUAGUCAACUCAGAAUGUCAUUCGAUAUGUACAAUUGGGAAGAUCAGUCCAUCGUACAUUGAAACAGCAUAUCCUUGAUACAUUUCGUCGUUGAAAAAUAAGUGCUCAAUUAUUGUUAUAAAAUGAUAGAAUCUGAUCACAAUGAAAUUGAGGAAGGAGAAAUGGAUACACUAAGACUAUCAUCUGAUUCUGCAGAUAACAUAUCAAAAAAAAGGCCAAGAGAUUCUGAAGAUUCUGAAGAUGAAAUAGAUUUAUCUAAAAAACGGCGAUGCUCAUUUAGUGAACGGUCAAAAAUAUUAGAGAACGAUAAUCCUGAAACUAUUUCAGAGAAAAAUAAUACAGAGAGAUAUUAUGAGAAAGUGGAAAAAUAUAAAUUGUAUCGAGAAAAUCAGCAAAGUGUACAAGAGGUAUCUGAUUCGGACAUGAAUGGGAAGAAUAAGGAGAAACAAGGAGAUGAUGUAAAGCGAGGAAACGAAAAAAAAACUGAGAAUAACAUUACUUUAAAUAAAAAUUCUGGAAAAAUAAAUAUUAAAGAGGAAAUUGUGGAAAGCAUGGAUAAUUCAGUCCAAAAGUCUAUUAUAAGUGCAAGUAUGAUGUCUAUUCCUAAAAACGAGAAAGAAACAACAGGAGGCAAUGAGGUUAAAGAAGAAAAUGACAAAACGAUAGCUAGAGAAGAAAAUAAAGAGGAGGAUGAAACGAAAAAACAACAUACUGCUAAGAAACAUAUUGUCGACACAGAAGUGGUAGAUGGACUGGAACUUUCCGUGGAAUGUGCGAGUGAUAAGGAAGAAUCUAGUUCUGAAAGCGAAAAUGAAAAAGAUGUGAAACCACGACCGAAAACAAUAAUCGUGAAGGCAGAGCCAAAUGAAUCGGAAUUAGACUGUUCGUCAGAAGCAGAAGAAAAGCCUGAUUUGCAACAAAUCACUGAUACAUUGAAGAUCAAAUCAGAAAAAAACAGGGAAAAAGCAGCAAAGAGAAAAGGUUCGCGAUCAAGUUUUAGUAAAUUAAAGACUUCUGGAUCAGAGGACAGUCAGAAUAGCAAUUCAGAUGAGGAUUAUAGUCCACGGACGAAAAAGAAAAUGACAAAAUCUCCAGCUACGAAAAAAUCAACCGACAAACAUCGCUCCGUCGAAUCAAAAAGAGGACGAGGUAAAGAUAUAAGAAAUUCUCACCCAAAAAAUACCGAAUGUCUAUCUGAUGAUGAGGAUAUGACUACAGCAGAGAAAGCUAAUAAAACAACUCAAAUUAAAAAUGGACUACAGGAAGAAUUAUCAGACAGGGAAUCAUUCGAUAAAAAUGAAAGUGAUAAUUCUGAAAAGGAAGAGAAAUCUAUGAAAAGAAGGGGAAGACGUAGUAAUGCUGAUGGAAAUGAACAGAUACAGAAGUUGAAGAGGUAUUUAAAUGUUGCUGGAGUGAAAAUUCAAUCGUACAAUCGCAUUUUUGCGGAUUGUAAGAAUAACGCUGCAAAAAUUAAUCGUCUAAAAGAACUAUUAAAGGAAAACGGCAUUAGUGGUCAUCUAUCGUUGAAAAAAUGUAAACGAGCGAGAGAAGAGAAUGAAAAGAUGAGGGAGGUAUCUGAAUUGGAUAUGUCAAACAUUAUAUCUGAAGGACGAGUUACGCGCGCACGAAGAAAUAUGGAUAACGUUAAAAAGACACUUCCAGACGUACCAUUGCGAUAUCGAGAACGUAAUACAUUUAGGCUUAUUCAAACUGUUGUUGAUAGUGAUUCAGAAUAGAGGACAUAGAAUGUUCUCAUAAUCCAUAAAUGUUGGAUAAUAUAAAUAUAUAAGUAUUUAAACAUCAAAGAACAGGUGCCAACAAUUGUGCAUUUAUGCACGCUGGCCUGUCCACGUCUAUGUAGAAUAUUUUGUAUUUUUAAUUUUUCAUAUAUCGAUAGUUAUUGUUUUUUUAUAUUAUAGUGUGCAAUUAUCAAUUAAUAGUAAUUUUCAUGUGCCGCGUAUUACAUUGACAAUGUUGGUCAAUAAUGUCAAUAUAUUGAGCUACCUUCUCUAGCAGCCAUUACAUUUAACAGUAUGUUGGGCUUUCUUUUCCAACAGGCAUUACAUUUAUAAAAUGUGAUCGAUCAACCCCCACGCGCACCUGCUAGAGAAGGUAACCUGACAUGAUUGAUUAAUAUGAUCAGUAAUACGCGGUAUAUUGAUAUGUGAAAAUACGGAGACAAAUUUUUAUUUUCAUUGUAUUAACUUAUUAUUCCCCUAGUUAAGAUAAGUUGCUGAUAACUUGUAUACGAAGAAGGUGAUUUUGGAAUUUGUGUAACACCUAUUUGGUACGAAUAAUGAU